AAGAACUAGAAGUAAUUGACUCUCGGACUCGUUUAUACAGAACAUCAUUUCCUUGAAAUUUUCAUAUCCAAUUUCCUCUGCCAUUUCACUCUUUUCAAUUUUCACCUUCUCUGUAGAAAUAUAAUCCAAUAUAAGGGGCUUUGCUUUUCUUUUCGAUUCCGUACUCUCAAAAAUGACAGACAACAACAACAACCCAAGCUUCAACAGCUAUAAUAAUGAUGGAGAGGAAUCAAGCCCGUUGUUGAAGAAGAACCUUGAAGACAACGACAAGAAACCCGCCAAGGUUUCUGCUGAUGCAAAGACCGCCACCGCUGAAUAUGGAUGUACCGUCAAUGGGCUUCCGUUGAUUCAUGGGAGCGUGAUGGGUGAGCCUAUGGGACGGACUCAGUGGGACUCCAGCCUUUUCUGUUGCCUCGGUCGCAACGAUGAAUUCUGUAGCAGCGAUCUUGAAGUCUGUCUUCUUGGAAGCAUUGCCCCUUGCGUGCUGUAUGGAAGCAAUGCUGAGAGACUUGGAUCUACUCCUGGAACAUUUGCAUCCCACUGCUUGUCAUACUAUGGUUUGUACCUGAUUGGCAGCUCAUUUUUUGGUGGGAAUUGCCUUGCACCAUGGUUUUCAUAUCCUAGCCGGACAGCUAUCCGCCGGAAGUUUAACCUAGAGGGUAGCUGUGAGGCACUUAAUAGGUCAUGUGGUUGCUGUGGAAGCUUUGUGGAAGAUGGUCUGCAACGUGAGCAGUGUGAAUCAGCAUGUGAUUUUGCAACUCAUUUUUUCUGCCACACAUGUGCUCUUUGCCAGGAAGCUCGCGAGAUUCGUCGUAGGGUACUCCAUCCUGGUUUCAAUGCUCAACCAGUCUUGGUUAUGAUCCCUCCUGGGGAGCAAUCCAUGGGACGUGGGGCUUGAAUGCUUCCUUCCCAGUAUUAGAAACUUAUAUCCUGUUCUUACAUAUUUGGGUGUGAUGUUUAAAGUUUCUGGAAACCAUGUGGUUUUGUUGGAUCUUCUCCAAGCAUAAAUAAAUAUGGACGCUUUUGAUGGCCA